CGCUUUGCAGCUCAGUUUGCUUUGAGCGCUGGAACGCGAAAGUCGUCGACGGAGAGCCAACGGUGCGGAUGAAAGUUUCGAAGCGAACUGGGAAGAUUUUUGAAAAGCGCAGGCGUGCAACGGUUUUUUUUUUUGGUUUGGUUUUUUUUUGGGGGCUUGGGCUACGCUUCGUGGCGAACGGUGAAUGGCAGGCUUUUUUUUCGAGUGUGGUGGCUGAGUGCAAUUCAAAACGCAUUUCGUGCAUAAUUUGUGGAAUUUUACGCGUUGUAAAAUCAAUUUCAUUGUGCAAAUUUGAAUUCUUGCCUGCUUUCCGUUGGCUUGCAGCGGCAACAGCUGAAAUAUAAUGCAGCCACAUCAAGCGGGCAAGCAAUAAACAAAUAUCCCAAAAAAAUCAAGAAAAUUUACAAAAAAAAAAAAAAACAAAGAAACACACACACAUUUGAAGAGUCAACAGCAAUUACAAGGCACUAAAAACCGGAGGAAGAGGGACCUCUUCGGGAUCAGGAUGUCGGCUGCCACGCACAUGGCCAUGCCGGCUCACGCCGUCGUCCCGCCGCCCGGCACACCGCCUGUGCUGGGGGGCAGUGGGUGCUCCAAUCUCAGUCUGCCGUCGGGCAAGCGUGGCCACAAGCGCAGCGUUUCGCUGGAGAAUAAUGCACCACUGGCACUGCGCAGCACUCCCAGCAUGGGCCAAUCCUCGCUGGGCUCGCCGCUGCUGCAGUUUGGCCAGGCGCAGGGGCAAGGACACGCGCAGGGUUUCCACACGGGCACAUUGAAGUCGCGCCAGGAGCAGCGCCGGCUGAGCCAGAAGUUCGGGAGUCACAGCAACUUGGAUGACGAGGGUGUGGGCAUUGGUGUGGGCAUGGGCAUGGGCCUGCAGAUGCGCAGCAAGUUCCAGAACAUACGGCAAAUGUUCGAGCUGAGUCGCAGUUGUGUGGGCGGCGGGGGCGGCGAUGGCAGAGGGGGCGCGGCCGAGGAGGAGGCAAUGCAAUCUCUGCCAGCAACAUUGCCGCAGCAGCAGCAGCAGCAGAGGCGCACCACGCCCAUUGCCGGCGGAAGUCGCCAGCAGCAACAGCAACAAAUGGGCGAGGCGGAACAGACCAGCGGCAACUUUCUGCGACCCAUUGCCUUCAAGCCCAUUCCGUUUGAGCCGGACUACCGCAUCGCCUGCCAGCAGCAGCAGCAGCAUCAGCAGCAACUGCAGUUGCAACAACAGCAGCAGCAGCAGCAACAGUUGCAGCUGCAACACCAACAGCAUCAACAGCAGCAGCAGCAUCAACAGCAACAUCAACAGCAGCAGCAACAACAUCAGGCGCUGCAGCUGUCGACGGAUGGCGGGCAGGCGGGGGGCGUGGCGGCCGAGCGGUACGGCUACGGAUCGACGCCGUCACUUGCCCCACUGCCCACCGCAUCGGCCCAGAAAUUUGGCAGUACCACUGACCUACGGCACUUGGCCGCUCGACGUCCCAAUCAUCGCCUGCUGCAGCGCUCCAGUAACGAGGACUCCCUGACCCUUGACCUCCUGAGCACGGGCAGCCACGACAGACCCGAUGGAGCCAGCAGCAAGAGCAGCGGCACUGUGGUGGGCAGCAGCGACCUGACGCCCUCGCCGUCGGAUUCUGGGAUCUCGGAACUGGAGGCGGCGCUGAAGGAUCGCGACUCGGAGCUCUCGUACCUGCGACAGGCCAUGGAGCACAAUGAGAAAGUAAUUUUCCAAGUUCAAAAGGACAAGGAGGUGUACUGGGAGCACGAGACGCAGCGUUUGCGACUCUUCUACGAGGGUCAGCAGCGGGAGUGCCAGCUGAAGCUGCGCAAGAUGGAGCAGCUACUCGGACUGCAGCAGUUCCAGCUGAAGCAGCACAAGCUGCGCCAAUCGGAGCAGGUCAACCGGCUGCAGCAGCAGCUCGACUUGGCCAGGGACUCCAGCCAGGGCCUGCAGCAGCAGGUGGACGCACUGCGUCACCAGCUGGAGGACAGCGAGUGGCGCGUCUGCGAGCGCAACGGGGAGAUAGCUUUACUCAAGACGCAGCUCAAGGAGGCGCAUCUGGAAAUCAACAUGAAGGAUCAUGCGAUUGUCAGCCUGAAGCACAGCAGCAACAGGAGCAGCAGCAACAGCAACAGCAGCAAGUCCUGUGACACAAACACAAGCCAAAGUCAACCAAAGCAGCAGGCGAAGGAGGAGCAGCAGCAACAUCAGCAGCAACAGCAGCAGCAACAGCAACUGAAGCAACAACAUCAGCCCGACCAGCAGCAACUGCAGAAGAUCAUCACGCUGAAGGAUCAGGUGAUUGGAGCACUGACCAGCGAGCUGGCCAAGUUGCGCAAGGAGCUAUCCGAUCUGGCCAUUGCCCACGAGUACGGCGAGGAGCCCUGCGGCCGAUACACUCGCCUCAAGCAGCAGCUGGACAACCUGAACGAGAUCUGCCAGAAGACACGAAAGUACACAACAAGAUCCGCAUCCCCAACAGCAGCAGUAGCACCGCCAGCAGCACAAGUGGCACCACCAAGCUGCGCCCAGGAGCUGCCCAAGUUGGAUAUGCUGGUGCAGCGAUUGCAAUUGGACCAGGGACAGGGUACGCAGCAAACGCUGGACACGCUCAUCGAGGAGUCCACCACGUAUGCGGAGGAUAUAGCCAAGCUGCGCCAGAAACUGGACGACUUUCGCCUGAAUCUCGAGCUGGAGAAGCGUCAGUGGAGCGCCGAGAAGGACAAGGUGCUGGGCUACCAGAAGCAGCUGCAGGCCCACUACAUCCACAUGUACCAGAAGCUGCGCUGCCUGGACAGCGCUGGAGCAGCAGCUGGCCAGGUGGAGGCCACCAGUGGCAACUGAGCGGAGCUGGGAACUGCAGGCAAUGGUGCUAUCGUCGCUGGGCUAACAAACUUAGGAACUUCCACUUGGUUUCCUUGCAACUGAACAAAAUAAUGUUUUUAAAAUAUAAACAUAUUUGAAUACUAUUCUUUAAAUUGUCAGCUCUUAUUUUUAAUGUUAACUUUUAUUAAAAAUAAAAGUUAAUGGCACUCAAAACCAGUGAGUUUGAAACAUUUCCUUCCCCCGGAGAUAAAUAAUACACGAUUUUCGAUAUUACUAGAGUUGAUGUACACAUAACUCUGAUGAAUAUUUAUACAAGAUAUGCGUAAUGAAUUUUUUGUUUUUAAUAUUUUACAAAUAUAUAUAUAUGUAUGUGUACUUUUAAUUUAUUAAAUGUAAUUAUAAACGAGAAAAAAAAACAUUUGUGAUUUCGCACGUUGAAUAUAAUAAUAUAUAUUUAUACAUAUGUAUGUCGUUCCAUUAUGCAUAUGCAAUAAAAAAUGAUAAUAAUGAAAUAACAAUAUUUUUGCUUUAUUGAUGAGGACCAGCGCUACAAUUAAUGUGCAAGAUCGAUAAAUGGUAAAUGACUCAACUGGAGGCUAAACAUAAACUGUAAUUGGUAGUUAACAUCAUAAAAAAAA